CAGUUUCCAAGUUUUAAAAACAGCAGCAAGGAUCCAAUGGACCUUACUGUUGAUUCGAGGAUGGAUUUCCUUCUAACUGACUUAUGUCUAUGUUCACAGAUAUGUGCUGACUAGCAGGCUCACGUGCACAGUGUGGAGGUCAAGCUGUAUCUUACAAAAUGGGAUUUGGGAGUGACCUGAAGAACUCACAGGAAGCUGUGCUAAAGCUGCAAGACUGGGAACUACGGCUGCUGGAGACAGUGAAGAAAUUCAUGGCUCUGAGAAUAAAAAGCGAUAAAGAAUAUGCAUACACGCUGCAGAACCUCUGUAAUCAAGUUGAUAAAGACAGCACGGUGCAGGUGAAUUACGUCAGCAACGUGUCCAAGUCUUGGCUACUGAUGAUUCAGCAGACAGAGCAACUCAGUAGGAUAAUGAAGACCCAUGCAGAAGACUUGAACUCUGGACCCUUGCACAGGCUCACCAUGAUGAUCAAGGACAAGCAGCAAGUGAAAAAGAGCUAUGUAGGCAUUCAUCAGCAGAUAGAGGCCGAGAUGAUCAAGGUCACAAAGACAGAAUUGGAGAAGUUGAAAUCCAGCUAUCGACAAUUAAUAAAAGAAAUGAAUUCUGCCAAAGAGAAAUAUAAAGAAGCCUUAGCCAAAGGGAAGGAAACAGAAAAGGCCAAGGAGCGCUGUGACAAAGCCACAAUGAAACUUCAUAUGCUGCAUAACCAGUACGUGCUGGCCCUGAAGGGGGCGCAGCUCCACCAGAGCCAGUAUUACGACACCACACUUCCUCUGCUGCUGGACUCCGUGCAAAAGAUGCAAGAAGAAAUGAUAAAAGCACUAAAAGGCAUAUUUGACUAGUAUAGCGAGAUAACCAGCCUUGUCACAGAGGAGAUAGUGAAUGUCCACAAGGAGAUUCAAAUGUCUGUUGACCAGAUAGAUCCUAGCACUGAGUAUAAUGACUUCAUCGACGUCCACAGAACAACAGCUGCUAAGGAGCAAGAAAUCGAAUUUGAUACUUCCUUAUUAGAAGAAAAUGAAAAUCUUCAGGCAAACGAGAUCAUGUGGAAUAACUUAACAGCAGACAGUUUGCAAGUAAUGCUGAAGACUUUAGCAGAAGAGCUCACACAGACCCAGCAGAUGCUUUUACACAAGGAGGCGGCAGUCCUGGAGCUAGAGAAGAGGAUUGAGGAAUCUUCUGAGACCUGCGCAAAGAAGUCUGACAUUGUGCUUCUUCUGGGCCAAAAGCAGGCACUUGAAGAGCUGAAACAGUCAGUCCAGCAAUUGCGAUGCACUGAGGCAAAGUGCGCAGCACAGAAAGAAUUGCUGGAGCAAAAAGUACAGGAAAAUGAUGGGAAAGAGCCACCUCCUGUGGUGAAUUACGAAGAAGAUGCGCGGUCAGUCACGUCUAUGGAAAGAAAGGAGAGGCUAUCCAAAUUUGAGUCUAUUCGUCAUUCAAUUGCUGGAAUAAUUAAGUCUCCAAAGUCGGUCCUCGGCUCUUCAACGCAGCUCUCUGACGUGAUCUCUGUGGGUGAGAAGCCCCUGGCGGAGCAUGACUGGUACCACGGUGCCAUCCCCAGGAUAGAGGCACAAGAACUGCUGAAGCAGCAGGGAGACUUCCUGGUGCGAGAGAGCCAUGGGAAACCUGGUGAAUAUGUCCUUUCUGUAUAUUCUGACGGACAAAGGAGGCACUUUAUCAUACAGUUUGUUGAUAAUCUAUAUCGAUUUGAGGGCACUGGCUUUUCAAAUAUCCCUCAACUUAUAGAUCAUCACUUCAAUACAAAGCAAGUCAUCACCAAGAAGUCGGGGGUGGUUCUGCUGAAUCCUAUUCCAAAGGAUAAGAAAUGGGUUCUCAAUCAUGAAGAUGUUUCAUUGGGAGAAUUACUGGGCAAGGGGAAUUUUGGUGAGGUGUACAAGGGCACACUAAAGGAUAAAACCCCCGUUGCUGUUAAAACGUGCAAGGAAGACCUGCCUCAGGAACUAAAAAUAAAGUUUUUACAGGAAGCCAAAAUUCUCAAGCAAUAUGAUCACCCCAAUAUUGUCAAACUUAUAGGCGUGUGCACACAAAGACAGCCUGUCUACAUCAUUAUGGAACUGGUCCCAGGAGGUGAUUUUCUGUCCUUUCUGAGGAAGAGGAAGGACGAGCUAAAGUUGAAGCAGUUGGUGAGGUUUUCCUUGGACGUUGCUGCUGGCAUGCUGUAUCUGGAGGGCAAGAACUGCAUUCACAGGGACCUGGCUGCACGGAACUGCCUGGUAGGUGAAAAUAAUACUCUGAAAAUCAGUGACUUUGGGAUGUCUCGGCAAGAAGACGGUGGAGUGUAUUCAUCUUCUGGCUUAAAGCAGAUUCCCAUUAAAUGGACAGCACCAGAAGCACUGAAUUAUGGGAGAUACAGCUCUGAAAGUGACGUGUGGAGCUUCGGCAUCCUGCUCUGGGAGACCUUCAGCCUGGGAGUCUGUCCGUACCCUGGGAUGACAAACCAGCAAGCACGGGAACAAGUGGAGAGAGGGUACCGGAUGUCAGCCCCGCAGAACUGUCCCGAGGAAAUUUUCACAAUCAUGAUGAAGUGCUGGGAUUACAAGCCUGAAAACCGCCCUAAGUUCAGUGAGCUUCACAAAGAACUCACGGCCAUCAAGAAGAAAAUCACAUAGUGCCACCCAGGGCUAGACUCCACCCGCGGGACUCUGUCCUCAGUCACCCUGACUUUGUACCACCUUACUGCAACCAUCUUUGAAGGUUAUGUUUUUUAUUAACUGGGUUUUUAAAGUAUGUUCCACUUUAAAUAUGUUAAAGGCAAAUUUAUUCAAGAAAUAAAUAGUCCUACCCAGGGCCGUAUUAGCUAACCACA